GUCAGUAAUUAAGAACUACCAGCACUUCUUGGCCUUUGCGUUCGCCAUCACUGAGCUUAACAAGAAUCCAACUCUCCUUCCGAACACAACACUAGGCUUCCGCAUCCGCCAGCACAAGGACAUUGUGGCAAAGAUGCAUCAGAACAGCCUUGCUCUGCUUUGCACUCGGGGGAGAAUAGUUCCAAAUUAUAAAUGCGACAGGAAAGUUGGACUGUUCUCUGUUAUUGGGGGCCUUGACUCCCAUUCCUCAAGGGAGAUUGCAUCCUUACUAGGCAUCUACAAGGUGCCACAGCUUGGCUAUGGCGUGUUCCACAUGGUUCCAGGAGGUGGAAAUGUCUUCCCUUCCUUCAUCCGGAUUGAUCCCAGUGACAGGCAUCAGUAUGUGGGCUUGGUCCAGCUGCUCCUGCACUUCCACUGGAACUGGAUCGGGCUGAUUGCUCACAACGAUGACAUGGGGGAAACCUUCAUCCAAACUCUGGCACCCAUGCUCAGGCAGAAGGACAUCUGUGUGGCCUUCACUGAAAAGUUUGACCCAAUGACGCCAAUUAAUCAGCUUCGAGCAGAAACUGGCUCUGUUCCCAUUCCUUGGUUUGAGCCACAAGUGAUCAUUGUGUUUGCAGACCUGAGUGUUAUGGGCCGAAUAACAGCAAUGUUGUGGAAUUACGAAGACAAGACAAAGAACCAAGAUUGGUGUAUCCCCAAGAAGAUCCACUUCCUUUCCUCUCAUGAGAUACUCGGCUUGAUUUUAGUUUGUCUGUCUCUCUUCCUCUCCCUGAUCACAGAUCUAGUGCUGGCAACACUCAUCAAGCAUCGUGACACACCAAUUGUCAAAGCCAACAACCGAGACCUCACCUACAUGCUCCUUGCUUCCUUGUUGCUCUGCUUUCUCUGUGCCUUUUUGUUCAUUGGCCGACCAGGGCAGAUCACCUGCCUUGUGCGACAAGCUGCUUUUGGCAUCACCUUCUCUGUAGCUGUUUCGUGCAUUUUGGCCAAAACUGUUGUGGUAGUUCUGGCCUUCAUGGCCACCAAGCCAGGAAAUAUGGCCAGAAAGCUCUUGGGGAGAUCACUGACAACCUCCAUUGUGCUGACGUGUUCCCUCAUCCAAGCUGUGAUCUGUGUUGUCUGGUUGCUAACCUUUCCCCCUUUCUCAAAUCUGGACUUUCAUUCUCUCCCUGGAGAGAUCAUCGUGGAAUGUAAUGAAGGCUCUGUCACCAUGUUUUAUGCUGUCCUGGCUUACAUGGGGUUCCUGGCUGUCCUCAGCUUCAGUGUGGCUUUCCUGGCCAGGAAGCUGCCUGACAGCUUCAAUGAAGCCAAGUUCAUCACCUUCAGCAUGCUGGUCUUCUGCAGUGUGUGGGUCUCCUUUGUGCCCUCCUACCUGAGCACCAAGGGGAAGGCCAUGGUGGCCGUGGAGGUCUUCUCCAUCUUGGCCUCUGGGGCUGGCCUUCUGGCUUUCAUCUUUCUUCCCAAAUGCUAUAUUAUUUUGCUGAGACCCUAUCUAAAUACAAGGGAGCAACUUGUAAGGAAAAAGAAUGUCUAG